AUGAGAGUUGGGGAUGUAAGUCAGCAACGGUGGCGAUAUUGUUACCAUCGUCAGGAGGCUAUAUUUCAUGGAAAGCAUAUAGUUCCAUCUUUUAUAAUAUUUUUGAUACUUUUGGGAGUUGUCAACUUAUCCACGGCCGCCAUAGCACAUCACAAUGCUGCAGAGCAUAGAGAGUUUAACAGCGCUGCCACCGUCCAUAAUCAACAUAAUCACAGCCACAACAACAACAACCGUCCAAUUAGACAACAAAGAGAGGCAAGACAUGAUGAAGAGAAGGGCUAUUGUGCCCCCUACAAUGGGAAGAUAUGUAAAAACUUCAUCAACACUCAGGUAUGGUAUAGUCUGGAGGAUCCAACGGGUGGCUGGAAAAAUGAGCAAAUUGCCACAGCCUUGUGGGAGGAACUUAUUAAUGAUUUGACAGGACUUUGUCGUACGGCUGCGGAGAAAUUAUUGUGUGCCUAUGCCUUUCCACGCUGCCUAAUGGAAAAUGGCAAAACGAUACGUCUACCCUUGUGCUAUGAAGAUUGCAUGGCCACUCAUCUGCAAUAUUGCUACAAUGAUUGGGUCCUUAUCGAAGAGAAAAAGGAACGUAACAUGUACAUCAAAAGUCGGGGACAUUUUCGUUUACCCAACUGUUCGAUUUUGCCAAAAUAUAAUAGUACUGCCAAAAAACCCACCUGUUCGUAUGUUGGCCUCACCGAAAUCGAUGAAAAACAGGCGACAUAUGAUUGCCGCAAUGGUAAUGGUCGCUAUUAUUUGGGUACCAUGAAUGUUACCAAAUCGGGUAUACCCUGUCAACGUUGGGAUACCCAACAUCCACAUAAGCAUAUCCAACCGCCUUUGGUAUUCCCACAAAUACAAGAGGGAGAGAAUUAUUGCCGUAAUGCUGGUGGUGAGGAGCCGUAUCCGUGGUGUUAUACCGUGGAUGAAUCUGUUCGCUGGCAGCAUUGUGAUAUACCCAUGUGUCCCGACUAUGUGGAUCCCACCCAAACCAAAGAACUGGAACCCAUGCAGAUGGACACCUUCUUGACACCAUAUGUCAUUUUCGUGGUAUCCGCUUUCGGUUUCGUGGCCAUUGUUUGCCUCCAUCUAAUUGUCCUGCUACUCUAUAAAAUACUCAAACACAAGGAGCUGCAAACACAACAACUGCAACAACAACAAAACCCUGCCAAUCAAAAUCCCUCCAAUAAUGAAUGUAAUCGUAAUGCCAAUGAAAAUAUUUCGUCCAGUCGUGAAACAUUGGGUUCCAAUGCACUAUCGAAUUUAAAUAAAUUCGGUACGAUAAAAAGUGUAGGGAAUGUUGCCCUACAUAAUAGUAUUAUUGUUGAACCGCCGCCAAAGCCGAAAUUAAAUGCCAAAUUGGAGAAAUUGGAAUAUCCCAGAUCGGAGGUGGUGUACGUGCGGUCAUUGGGUCAGGGGGCAUUUGGUAGGGUGUUUCAGGCCAAGGCACCGGGUCUGGUUCCCGGAGAAGAUGAUCUAAUGGUGGCCGUUAAAAUGCUGAAAGAUGAUGCCAGCGACCAAAUGCAAAUGGAUUUUGAACGUGAAGCCUGCCUCUUGGCUGAAUUUGAUCAUCCCAAUAUUGUAAAGCUGCUGGGUGUUUGUGCCCUGGGUCGUCCCAUGUGUUUGUUGUUCGAAUUUAUGUCACCCGGUGAUUUGAGUGAAUUUUUACGCUCUUGUUCCCCCUAUGCCACACAUCAGAUACAUCAUCGUGAACCCCUUCAUGAGGGUCAUCUGCUACAAAUUGCCGCCCAGGUGGCAGCUGGCAUGCUUUAUUUGUCCGAUCGUAAAUUUGUUCAUCGUGAUUUGGCCACCCGUAAUUGUCUCAUCAAUGAACAGAUGGUUGUAAAAAUUGCCGAUUUUGGUCUUUCGCAUAAAAUCUAUCUGCAAGAUUAUUACAAGGGAGAUGAAAAUGAUGUUAUACCAAUACGUUGGAUGCCAUUGGAAUGUAUUCUGUAUAAUAAAUUCUCAAUAGAAUCGGAUGUGUGGGCAUAUGGAGUAUGCCUCUGGGAGAUAUUCUCAUUUGCUCUGCAGCCAUAUUUUGGUAUGACCCAUGAAGAGGUUAUUAAAUAUAUUAAAGAUGGCAACGUUUUGGCUUGUCCGGAUAAUACACCGAUGUCGGUGUAUGCCCUUAUGCGUCGCUGUUGGAAUCGCAAACCAAGCGAUCGUCCCAGUUUCAGUGAAAUAAAUCAUUGUAUACAACAUAGUAUAGCGGAAUAUGAAUAUAAAACUACAUUAGGUAUGGGUAAUUGAAACUGUUAUACUACAA